UACACUUCCCCGACGCCCCGUUUCCCAAUCGGGCCUCUCUCUUUUCCAUUUGUUGUUUCUCUUCUCGGCUCUUUUUUCUCGGGUUUCCUCUGUCCUUCCUCUCGCGUUUCUUUGGGCGAUCUUUGGCGGGAGUGGGGAGCUCUACUGGUUCCUCGUUUGGAGAAAUCGAGAUUUCCUUGUUUCGUUUUGGAAGAUGGAACUUCUCGUUUUCUUGUCUCUUGCCGUUUGAUUGGUUCGAGCUCCCCUUGAGGAAUGCGUGCUUCUGUGGUCUGGUUCAAGAUUUCGGGUGCCUACCUGUUCCGUGGCUGUUUGUUGGAGGUUCUUCCAUGGAAUGAUGGAGUCUAGGUUGGCGACAACUUCAGCGAUGUUUCAACCCUUAUCUAGGAUUACAUCUUGAUGUAAUUGUUUCUCCAAUAAUAUGGCUUCGAAAGGUCCUAGAUCUAAGCUUGACCAUGAGACAAGAGCAAGGCGACAAAAGGCCCUUGAUGCUCCUAAAGAGCCCCGUCGUUGUAAAACACAUUGGGAUCAUGUUUUAGAAGAAAUGAUUUGGCUAUCAAAGGAUUUUGAAGCGGAGAGGAAAUGGAAAUUGGCACAAGCAAAAAGAGUUGCUAUACGGGCUAGUAAGGGUUUCCUUGACCAGGCAAUAAGAGGAGAAAAGAAAGUCAAGGAAGAAGAACACCGGUUGCGAAAAGUUGCUGCUAACAUUUCUAAGGAAGUGAAAAAGUUCUGGGUGAAGAUAGAGAAAUUGGUUCUUUACAAACACCAACUAGAGCUCGAAGAAAGGAAAAAAAAGGCGCUUGAUAAGCAGCUUGAUAUUCUUUUAGGACAGACAGAGAGGUACUCUACAAUGCUGGCAGAAAACCUCACUGACAUGCCGAUACCAUCCGAGGGAUUGCCCAGAUAUUCUUCAAACGAGCAAGCUAUUUAUCAAAAAAAAGAAGGGGGAUUUGAGCCAGACGGUAUGGAUGAUGAUGACUUCAGCAUUCAGUCAGAUGAUGAAUUAGAAGAUGAUGAACACACAAUUGAAGCAGAUGAAGCCCUAAUAACUGAGGAAGAACGUAAAGAAGAACUGGAAGCUUUGCAGAAUGAGACUCAUCUUCCACUUGAGGAAUUGCUAAAUCGAUAUUCUGGGGCUGAUAAUAAAUUCUGCAGGGAAGGAAUCUCGAGCAGCAAGGACAAUGAUAUUGAAGUUGCUAAGAAGGAAUAUGACCAUAUUACUGAUUCUGUGCAGCAUAAAAAUUUGGAGAGUGACCUUGGAAAGCAUCUUGAUGCUGGCAAUCUCAGUAUAGAUAGUGAUAAUAUUCUAUCCUUUUCUGGGAAGAUUGGGGGACAAAAUCUGGACCCUGUCACUGCUGUUGAAGCUGGCAGACAGAAUGAAGUAGUUCAGCUAGAACAUGGAGAGCCUUCUAACCUACUUUCCGAAGAUUCUAAGAUGGAGGAUGCGGUUUCUCCUUCUCACUUUGUUGGUGAUGCGAUGGAUGAUAAGGACUAUGUCAUUCCUGCAGGAGAAGAGAGAGAUGAUGAAGCAACAUUGGAUGAAGAGGAAGAGUUGGCAAAAUCUGAAAUGAAUGAUCCUAUAAAUGAAAUCAGGUUAUUAGAGCAGGAGAGUGAGAUACCCAUAGAAGAGCUACUUGCUCACUACAAAAAGGAAAGAAACACUGAACAAGAUGAGUCAGGAACUGAAUUUGCUUCUUGUGAGGAUGAACUGGAAUCAUCAGCUAGCUCUGGUGGUGAACCAUAUAUCCAUAGCGAAGAAGGGUGCUCAAUUGAUAAUAACCAAGUAAAAAAUGAAGAUUUCGAUCUUCUCAAGGCACAAAAUUCUCUUGAUGAAGAGAUGGAUGAUGGAUUUGGUGAAAAGCCUGAAGGACGAGAAAAUGAAAAUAGAAUUGCAGAUGCAGCUGAAGCUGCUAGAUCAGCUCAACCAACAGGAAAUACAUUCUCAACAACAAAAGUACGCACAAAGUUUCCAUUCCUCCUCAAACACCCUCUGCGUGAAUAUCAGCAUAUUGGGCUGGAUUGGCUUGUUACCAUGUAUGAAAAGCGGCUUAAUGGAAUUUUGGCUGAUGAAAUGGGCUUGGGCAAGACAAUUAUGACCAUUGCUCUUCUUGCCCACCUUGCUUGCGAUAAGGGAAUAUGGGGUCCCCAUCUCAUUGUGGUGCCUACAAGUGUUAUGCUUAACUGGGAAACUGAAUUCCUGAAGUGGUGCCCUGCUUUCAAGAUUCUGACUUACUUUGGAUCUGCAAAAGAGAGAAAAUUUAAGAGGCAAGGUUGGAUGAAGGUAAAUUCCUUCCAUGUAUGCAUCACGACUUACAGACUGGUCAUACAAGAUUCUAAAGUCUUUAAGCGGAAGAAAUGGAAGUACUUGAUUCUGGAUGAGGCUCAUUUAAUAAAGAACUGGAAAUCUCAAAGAUGGCAAACUCUUUUGAACUUCAAUUCAAAACGUAGAAUCCUGUUGACUGGGACCCCCCUUCAAAACGACCUUAUGGAGUUAUGGUCUUUGAUGCAUUUCUUGAUGCCACAUUUGUUUCAGUCACAUCAAGAAUUUAAGGAUUGGUUCAGCAAUCCUAUUUCUGUAAUGGUAGAGGGGCAAGAGAAGGUUAAUAAAGAAGUUAUUGAUCGUUUACAUAAUGUCCUGCGGCCUUUCAUAUUGAGAAGAUUAAAAAGGGAUGUAGAAAAGCAACUUCCGAAGAAGUACGAGCAUGUAAUAUACUGUAGGCUCUCAAGAAGGCAAAGAAAUUUAUAUGAAGAUUUUAUUGCUAGCUCAGAAACUCAAGCAACAUUGGCUAGCGCAAAUUUUUUUGGGAUGAUCAGUGUUAUAAUGCAACUCCGAAAGGUUUGCAAUCAUCCUGACCUUUUUGAAGGUCGCCCAAUCAUCAGUUCAUUUGACAUGGUUGGGAUCGACCGACAGCUCAGUUCUUCAAUCUGUGGGUUGCUUUCUUAUGGGCCAUUUUCUAAAGUUGACUUAUUGGGGCUUUCAAUGCUCUUUACUCAUCUGGAUUUCAGUAUGACUUCCUGGGAGCAUGAAGAAUUGGCAGCAAUUGCUACACCACCCUCUUUGAUUAGAGCAGUUACUGGUCUGGAGAAUGUCCCAAAGAUUGAAUCCUUACCUUUGAGCUUUGAGCAUAAGAAAAGGUCUCAUGGAACUAAUAUUUUUGAAGAUAUUCGAAGGGCCCUUUGUGAGGAAAGGAUAAAGCAGGCCCAUGAAAGGGCUGCAUCUGUUGCUUGGUGGAAUUCUUUACGGUGUAGAAAGAAGCCUCUGUAUGGCACAAACCUGAGAGAGCUUGUCACUGUUAGACAUCCUGUUUAUGACAUUCAUCAACAUGCUAAAAAUCCAUUAUGCUAUUUGAAUUUCUCAUCAAAACUGGCAGAAAUUGUUCUGCCGCCUGUAGACCGUCUCCAGAGGAUACUUGAUGUGAUUGAGCGUUUCAUGUUUGCGAUCCCAGCUGCUCGAUCACCUCCCCCUGCAUGCUGGUGUAGUAAGAAGGGUUCUUCUCCGGUUUUUGAACCUACCUUCAAGGAACAAUGUGGGACAACCUUUGGUCCACUUUUGAUGCCCAUCAGACCUGCCAUUGUCCGGAGGCAAGUCUAUUUUCCAGAUAGACGGCUUAUACAAUUUGACUGUGGUAAGCUACAGGAACUGGCAAUAUUGCUAAGACGUUUGAAAUCAGAAGGUCAUAGGGCACUCAUAUUCACUCAGAUGACAAAAAUGCUUGAUAUUCUAGAGGCAUUUAUAAAUCUCUAUGGCUAUACUUAUAUGCGAUUGGAUGGUUCUACUCAGCCAGAGCAGAGACAAACAUUGAUGCAGCGGUUUAACACCAAUCCAAAAAUUUUUCUUUUUAUAUUAUCUACCAGAAGUGGAGGUGUGGGCAUCAACUUGGUUGGAGCAGAUACUGUUAUUUUCUAUGAUAGUGACUGGAACCCUGCAAUGGAUCAACAAGCACAAGAUAGAUGUCACCGAAUUGGGCAGACACGAGAAGUGCAUAUUUAUCGGCUUGUUAGUGUGAGCACAAUUGAAGAAAAUAUCCUGAAGAAAGCAAAUCAGAAACGUGCUCUGGAUGAUCUUGUCAUCCAAAGUGGUUCUUAUAACACAGAGUUCUUCAAGAAGCUUGACCCCAUGGAAUUGUUCUCUGGGCAAGGAGCAGUUACGGUCACUGGGAGGGAUGAUGUUUUAUCGAAUGCAGAUGUAGAAGCUGCCCUGAAACAUGUAGAGGAUGAAGCAGAUUAUAUGGCCUUGAAGAAAGUUGAGGAAGAAGAGGCUGUUGAUAAUCAGGAAUUUACAGAAGAAACAAUUGGAAAGCUAGAAGAAGAUGAGUUUGUGAAUGAGGAUGAUGCAAAAUUUGAUGAGAAAAUUCCUGAAGUUCAGAGCGUCUCUACAGUAGUCAAACCGGAGAAUGGGACUCCUAAAGAUGAAAGUUAUUUAAAGGAAGAUGGAGGUCUUAUUCUCGCAGGUGGAGGGGAAGACUUUGACAUGCUGGCUGAUGUUAAACAGAUGGCUGCAGCUGCUGCUGCAGCAGGACAAGCAUCUUCAUCUUUUGAAAAUCAACUUCGUCCAAUCGAGAGAUAUGCUAUGCAGUUCCUGGAUCUUUGGGAUCCUAUAAUUGACAGGUCUUCUAUGGAUUCCCAAGUGAGUUUGGUGGAGACAGAAUGGGAUAUGGAAAAGAUUGAGAAAUUUAAGGAAGAUCUGGAAGCUGAAGCUGAUGAUGAUGACGAGCCUCUGGUAUAUGAAAGAUGGGAUACUGAUUUUGCAACAGAGGCAUAUCGCCAACAUGUUAAGGUGUUAGCACAGCGCCAGUUGAUGGAGGAAUUGGAAUCUGAAGCACAGGAGAAUGAGGACAAAGAUGAUGAAAGGAAAAAGCUAAAAAGGAAAGACAGAACAGGUGAUAUGAAGGCCAAGUCAAAGAAGAAGCUGAAGAAGGCCAAGUUCAAGUCUUUGAAAAAAGGGACACUGGCUUCUGAUACUGAAGCAGCACAGAAAGAACCUGAGGUAGAAACUACAUCUGUUGAUGAAGUUGUGAUGUCUGCUGACUAUGGUCUACAUUCAUCAAUAAAGAAGAAAAGGAAGAAGAUCCCACCUCUAGCUGAUGAAGAAAAGGAAGCAAAGAAGACCUUGAAGAAACUUAAGAAGUCCCCUGUGGACGGUUCUAUGUUUAAUUCUGACUCUCAAGAUAAACAAGUAUCAGAAAGUAAAGAUCUGAAGUCCACUGAAGUUGUCAGCAGUCCUGAUGUUAAACCACCAACCAGAAAUAAAAUAGGGGGAAAGGUUUCAAUCACACCGAUGCCUAUUAAGCGUGUUCUGGUGAUAAAGCCCGAAAAAGCAAAGAAAAAGGGGAAUUUUCGGUCGAAAGAUUUUAUUGCGCCACCUGAUUCCUGGUCCUCACGGGAGGAUGCUAUUUUAUGUGCAAUUGUACAUCAAUAUGGGGCUGUGUGGAGCUUAGCGAGUGAUACACUCUACUCCAUGCCAACUGGUGGUUUUUAUAGAGGCAGAUAUCGUCACCCUGUUCAUUGUCUUGAAAGGUUCCGAGAGUUGUUCUUCAAAUGCAUCUCAUCUGCCACAGAGAAUGUCAGCAGUGAGAAACAAGUUGCUGUUGCUGCCAAGGCUCUUCUCAAAGUAACAGAGGAUCAUGUUCAGGUUCUCUUGGAUGUUGCCAGUGAGCUGCCUGAUAAUGAGCUGCUCCUUCAGAAACAUUUUACAGCUGUACUUUCUUCUGUCUGGAGAGCAAAGACUAAACAUGAUAUCUGGAGUAACACAGCUUCACGGGGUAGACAUUCUCAUGGUAACGUAUGUUCAUCAGUUUCUGCUUUGACCAGUUUGAGGUCCAUGAGGAAAUCCACCACAAGCUAUACUUUUUCUGCAUCAUCCCGAAACAGCAAGUUAGUGGCAUGGGCACUCAAAGAUGCUCCCGGGAAACAACAAGAAGAGUCGUUGGUGUCCUCAAGUCGCCAAGGUUCAACAGUCGUGGCAGUGCAGGACCAAGGAGCAUCUGAAUCUUCAGAGCAUGUGGAGAUAACAAUAGAGUUCCUAGAUGACAACUGUGAAGAGCAAUCCCUCUUGCCUUCAAAUAUCUCUGUAUCAUUGCAGGAAUCUGUAUCAUUCCUACAGAAUGACGUACUGCAUGAUGAAUUACUAAAAGAUUGUUCGGCUCAUACAGCUGAUGACCGUCACAGGAUGGCAUCAGUGGCCUGCUUAGAAGGAGAGUGUCAUAGCUGGGCAACAUUAGCAUUCCAACAAAGUGAUGUGCCCACUUCCCGCCAAACUUCCAAAUCAUUGUCUACAGGAAAGCACAAGGCUAUUUCAGAUUCAAUUAAGCCUCCAAAACCAAAGACUGCAAAAAUUAUUGAUGUGAAUGAGGAAUCUGCUGUUACUAAAUCUGGUUCUGCUGCACCGGAGGAUGUACAUCCAAAAUUUCCAGAUGCAGUUUAUCCUGUAUCACCUCCACCAGAAUUUUGCUCAAUCUUUGUUGGGGGCACUUUGGAUGAUAUUCCUCCAGCAACGUUAGAUGUCUUUGAGCCACUGCCUCAGCAGUACAUUCCAGGCAUGGUUUCUGGUCUUGAAGAAUUCCAGGGGUUACAAGAUUUGAAUGAAAUUCUCCUACAUAUUUAAGAAUUUGCAAGCGAAGCAUCAACUCACGUGCACAAUUCCAAGGAAAUGUAAUCGGUUUUUCAACCUUGCAAGUUUCUCUGGUUUCUGAAUAUCAUGGAAACGCCUGACUUAUGGAGGCGCAAGCUUGCUUGCAGCAUUUGGCAGUUCUGGAUGGAACUCUCUGGAAAGCAGAUGGCUGGCUUGCCGUCGUCCGCGCUUCAAGGGCAGAACGGGGUGGUAUGAUUGUGUCACCUGAUUAUACCCAGGAAGCGGAUGUUUGAUGUGGCGACUCGGCAAUUCUAACACUGAUGGUUUGAAGGCCGGGAAUGUAAAAAAGGGUCUCUUCCCUAGUGUACUGCUCGAAAAGCCUUGUAAUUUAUGUUUCAGGAAAAUAUACAUGAGAGAAAAGAGGUAGUGGAAAAAUCAAUCUCUUUAACCUAUUAAGGCUUAUAUUCUUGACAAACAAAUUGGUAUUAUUUUUUAUAAUCUAAUUUUAGUAUAAUCUUAA